AUGAAUAGAUCAAUCAAAUUUUGCGCAAUUCGUUUUCUACUCUUCCUAGCAUGGUUUGGCAUUGCUACAUGUGUGAGGACAUUCACGCCAACAUAUGUUGAAUUAUUAAACGGAGAAACAGAUUGGUCCGAUAACAGCAAGUUGAAAAUCGUGUGGGACACUUAUCAUGAUUACCCCCAGUUUCAAUACAUUGGAAGAUCAUCUCUUAUGACCUGCGACAUAUCAAUCCUUAAUAAAGACGGCGAAUACGAGCACUUGCUAGUUGCUUCACGCAAAGAUCACUACGACACACUGAACCCCAUCAACGUCCAAGAAAGACAUCUCAGAAUGAAAAGCAUGAAGGAAUAUGUGAAAUUGAAGCUCGUAUGGACUGACCAUACGGAGCUCCCGGCUUCUUCAAGUCGCUGA